GAAAGCUGAGAAUUUUUGACUUGUUUACAACUUGUUUCUCUUAUCUGUCUUUCACAUUUUUAUAUAUUACCAAAGUUUGACGUUUUGAUUAGUUGAUCGAAUUUCAUGUUUAUCUUCAUUAGUUACCCUUUUAUUCUUGAUUCCUAAUGCUCUAGUAAUAAACUGGUCAUUGCCAUAGUAUUUUUCAUCUUUAGUCAGUUGUCUGUCUUUUUCCUGGUUUCCUUACCAGCCAUUUACUAACACCAAUAUCAUCUUGAUGAGUGACCAUGACUUUUCAAUGGACCCUUGUGGCAACAAUUUUCUACAUUGAGAUUGCGGUUUGUCCUCCGUUCAUCGUAUCUGGUCACCAUGACGAUUCAAAAUCAACAGAUUCUAAUUUAUUUAACCAAUAUCAUCUGAAUUGGACGAGUCUGGCUCUUGACGAUCCAAGCCAAUAUUUUUACACCACCAAUUUUAAAACUGAGGAGAAUGAACCUUUGCUAGAAGCACCUUUACUAGUGACUUAUUCAAAUGAUGGCACACCUGAUGCCUCAAAUGUUUUAAAACGUGAUAAGAGACAAGUUGAUCAAAGAAAUAAGCCAGUCAGUGGACGUAAGAGUCGUCGCAAACAAAGGAAAGAGGCAUGUCGCCGGAGACCCAUGUACGUCGAUUUUAGUGAAGUUGGUUGGAACAAUUGGAUUGUAGCUCCACUUGGUUAUCAAGCAUUUUAUUGUGCGGGUGACUGUCCUCAUCUCCUCAACGAUGUCCAUAAUGCCACAAAUCACGCCAUUGUUCAAAAUUUAGUUAACUCUGUUACCCCUAACAAGGUUCAAAAGGCUUGCUGUGUUCCCACCGAGCUUUCAUCAAUUUCAAUUCUUUAUGUCGACGAAUAUGGAAAAGUUGUUCUCAAAAAUUAUCAAGACAUGGUAGUGGAAGCUUGUGGCUGCCGGUAAUCAACUAUUGACAAAAUCACUGCCAAUUCACAACAAAACAUCAGCCAAAGGUGUAAAAUAUCAAUUGUAAAAUUGUAAACACAAAUGGAGCCUCUUAUCUAGGCCUUCAAGAUUAUAGUCAAUUGCCAUAAAUGCCUUUUGUUUGCCAUUUUGUACUCGAGUUUGAACAACUCAAUUUUAAUCAAUUAGCAAACAAAAACUAUUUUACUUUAAUUAUUCUGAUCGCUCUUGAAAUCGAGUAUCAACCAAACCAAACACAAAAGUAAAAACAAAAGCAAGGUUUGUGUAAUUAUAAAUUGAAUAAAAACCAAAAGGUAAACCAAAUAAACACAUAAACAAAGAAGAAUCAAGUUUGUCUGUUUACCUUGACUAAUGAACAAAAUUUGAAAGCCAAAAUGCUUUAAACAAUUGACUCUUUCGGAUAAUAAUAACACAAUAACUCAAUUGAAUUACCCAUCAACAUAGCAAUUGUUAAUUGCUUUUCAUCCGCUUUUAUUACCAUUAUGAGAUUGAAGCAACAAUCUGCUAUGGAAACGAAGGCGUUUCAUAUCAUUGCAUGUUUCUAUUAAAUCAUGAUUAACCCUGGCAAUUCAAGAGUAAUAACAAUUAUUUUGACACUUACAACAGGCACAUAAUCAAACACAAAACUGGCAUAAACCAUCAAAAAAGCGCUCAUACAAAAUUGAUUGGCAACAAUUUAAUUCUUGCUCAUUUAAUGUUUCGUGUAAACAUCUUGAAUGUGAUCAUAGCUGUGACUAACAUAUUCACAAUUUAAUGACAAUUAUCUUUGCCUGGUUAUCCUGAUAUAACUUGCUGAUUGGCCAAGGCCGUUUCAAGGCAUUCAUAACGCUUAACUGUACAAUAUCAUCAUUACUCAUACUGUAAAUCAAGUAUUACAAGUUACAGUAAAGAUAAAAUUUUUUUGUAUAUUUUAAAGUAAAAUGUUGAUAUUAAAUUGUUAACCUGGAAACAAGUAUUUAACUGAUAAAACAUGUUGAUCCUUGUUUCUUUAUUUAUUGUUGAUUGUUACAUUCAUCAUGAAAAAGGUGGCGAUUAGGAUGAUGAUGAUUUGUUCAAGGAAAACAACAACCAAUCAGGAGAUGAUGAUGAUGAGAGGGAAACAAGCAAACAAUAUUAACAUCAUGGCGAUGCCAAAAAUGAGGCACAAUAUUUUUGGAAACUUUGAGGUUCAAAGAUGCUGAUCCAAGACAAGGAAGAGUCCAAGUUGUAGGAUCACUUAAUAAGGGAUUAGAGUGGGAUUCAAUGAAUUAAUGAAUACUUUUAAGCAAAAAAAAGGGCAACAUUGUUUUCUGGUUUGGCUUUUCAUUUAUGUAAUGAUAGAUUUGUGAUAUUUAGAUAUAAAAAACACCGUCAAGUUAAGUAUAAUUGUUAUGGAUUAGCAAAUGAGACAAAGAAAGAAACAUUUUUGGGCGAUUAUUUUGAUUAAUUUCAUGGUUUAAAGUGGUGGGAAUCGGGAUUUGUGUAGGAUUUAAGGCUUUGUGUAUUGAAUGAGGUUGAGUGAUUAGUAAAUAUUUUUUUGGUUUUUUUUUGUCUGGUCAUGAGUUUGGUUAGACCACAGCAACUGAUCGAGCAUUGAAAAACUUGAGCAACGCGGCCAUCACACAGACCAAUACCGUUAAUGCCACAACCAGACUGUUGUUUACUGCGAUUCCAGCAUCAGCUCCCCACGAAAAGGCCAAGUCAAGGAUCAGGGCGACACCAGCAAUGACCAAGUAAAUAAACUCUUCCUUCCAGGCUCCAAACAAGGCAAACA